AUGUUGAGGGGCCACCAGUCGCUUCAGCAGCUCAUCGGCAAGUCGUCCAGGACGCGAAGGGCCCCGGGGACGGGGAACAAAGGGAAAAGGGCGCGGCUGGCUCCGGAAGACAGAACAUGCCACGUGUUGACUGACAAGCUCCUGAACGAGGGCGGAAGCCAAGAGUCUGUCCUUGGCAGCGAUGGCUCCCAGCCUCACCUGCCUUUACCUUUACCUUGCGCCAAAGUCCCUCAGCCAAGCUCAGGGGUCUCCCCACAACCGGACAAGCCAUUCGUGAAUGGCAGCACAAUGGAUUUCGAAUGCCCUGUGGUGGGCCUCAGGCACCACUCCAGGGCAACGUGCAGCGAUGGAUGCAGUGCCUGGCUCAGCAGGCAUCCAGACAACCUGAAGGAUCGGAAUGCAAUUCAGGUGACGGUGGACGACAUCGACAAUGAAGGCGAGUGCUGUGCAUUUGGGCACAUCCCUGCACAGGUCGCCUCAGAGCUAGCAGGCAUCAUGGAUGACGGCUUGGUUACUAUCAGCGGCAUAAUUCGAUUCCAAGCCAAUGGCAAUGGCAGGCGGGCUACCAUGACUUUGCAUGCUGUUGCAAGGGAGUGUAUUGCAAAUGACAAGGCAGCAAAGGUCCACAAGAUGCUGCGGCAAGCGCAAACAGCAGCGUCUCUCCUACUGUCUCACCCACCUCCCCCUGCCUCAGAAUGCCUCCGAUCCAAUUUCGCCUUUGUGCUUGAAUCGGUGCUGCUGCAUGACUGCCACCUGCUGUCGGCUAAUGACCUCACAUUCUCCCAGUCCUUCAAGUUGUUGUCGCACCCAUCGCAGUGCCUGUUCCUGAGGCUGUUUCUCAGGAAGGGCCCAUGGUUCAGGGUGAACUCCCUUCGCUAUGCAGAAGUCAGUGAUAUGGCUGCCUGCAUCCAAGAGCUGGCUCAACAAGAUCUGGUCACUUUAGUGGACAAAGGGAGUGGAACUGCAAAGACGCUGUGUCAUUCUAUGGAAGACAGCAAGAUUCCCAGUUUAAUUGAAGAGUUGGUGGGGAUCCUGACAGCACCGGAACUCCAGCUCAUGCUGGCAUCAGUGGGAGAUGGAAACAUCAGGAGCAAGAGCAGAUGUGGAAGGCAGCAGCUGGCCAUAAAUGCCAUCGAAAUGCUGCAGAGCCUUGAAAGCCAGGCCCCUGUUGCAGUGCCGAGCAUCUCCCAUGUGGUUGCAUUGACCGGUCCAUGCCUACGUCUGCAAGACAGUGCUCGAGCCACUGUUGCAAGGCUCCAGCGACUCUUCUUCCUGAAUGAAUCCCAGGACCUUUCGAGCUUCCUUGCUGUGGAAUAUGGUGCAAUCAAGUGGCCUCACUACAAUGUCAAUGUGGCACAUUCUGCCUUCACGACUCAGGAACACUUGAUGCAAUAUGAAGAGGCCAUUGGCCACGCCCAGGUCCUGGACGAUGCCCUCGAGAUUGACGACAUGGAUGCGGCAGAGGCAGCCCUGGAGCCUGUGUGGAGGAGCAUCAGGAAUGGUGACCACAAACGCGUGGCUUGGACAAGCCCCCAUGAGGCACUCGGCGAGGAGCCACCUGCAGGGACCUGCCCAUCAAGGCCGCCAAACGAAGCGAAUCUGACUGCCCAAUGCUCUGUGCAUGCCAACCAGCCGAAGCCACCAUUGUUUUUGGCAAGGUUUUGUUCAGCAUGGGUGCAUGUUGGCAUGGCGACGGUGGGCGUGUCCAUCUUGGAGAAGAGGCGGCAAUACCGGCAAGCUGUGGAGCAUCUGCGCAGCCUGCUGGGUGGAAACUGUUGCCCCUCACGUCGGGGCUACUGGUGGAACAGGCUUGCUGUGAACCUUGAGCACAUUGGCAGGCACGAUGAAGCCCUGGAGUGUUGCGAGACUGCUCUGGCUGAUGAAUGGCUCCGACACGGUGACAAACUUGGAAUCCAGCGCCGGAUUCUGCGACUGGGGAAGCCACCAAGGAGGUGGCGAAGGCCUGCAUGGGCACCCAUUGCAAUGCAGGAGCCAAGGGAGGUGCAAAUAUGGGCAACCCCUGUCACGAUCAACGUGACAAUGGGGAAGACAAGGUACAUUGGCUUAGAUGGGGAAUAUUGCAAUGUCGAGGAGUUUGCCCUCCAACACUACGCAACAGAGCAGGGCGGGGGUUGGAGAGGAUGCCAUUCUGAGAAUGGAGUCUGGGCCACAAUCUUCAGUUUGGUCAUGUGGGACGUUUUGUUCUCAGACGUCCCCGAUGUCUUCCGGACGCCCUUCCAAAGUGCACCGCUGGACCUGGACACUGACGCCUUCUACCCCUCUCGCCGGUCCGCCAUCGAGGCGCGGCUGGCGGUGCUGCGGAGUGGGGGCGGCAGGGAAUUGCUGGCAUCAACUUGGGAGGACAACUUUGAGGUGGCUUGCCAGGGCAUUAACUGGCGCUGGCAUGGACUGGAUGAGCUGGUUGAGAUCGUGGGGUGCAUAGGUGGACCUGGACUGGCUGAGGUGUGCCGGCUCCUGGCAGAAGACCACAAGGGUUGGUCAGGUGGCAUGCCCGACUUGUUGCUGUGGAAUCCUUCCACUACAAGGGCCAAGCUCGCAGAGGUCAAGGGCCCCAGGGACCGGCUGUCAGAUCAGCAGAGGGCAUGGAUAGCUGCCCUGACCGCAGCUGGCAUGGAGGUGGAAGUUUGUAAAGUAUUGGAUGCCACAUCCAGCAGCACACCAAAGAAGCGCAGACAAAAGGGUGCUUAG